AUGCAGGCCAACCCUACGCGUGAAGUGGUAGUAGAUGAAGUGGGACAGCAAUCGCCGGACGAAGUAGAUGUUGUAGUAGACGAAGUAGAUGUUGUAGUAGACGAAGUAGAUGUUGUAGUUGACGAAGUUGAUGAAGUACAAGCAAAAACCCCUGAGCCCAAACUUAAGUUUAGGAGACGAGCAAGGCCGGUAGAUCUAUCGAAAAAUGACAAUCGAUGUUUAGAUAUGCGAGUAAAGAACAUGCUGACUAAUCUUGAUAUUUCACUUACAAGAUUCAGCAAAGUAACUCAUUUAGAGGGUGCCAUAGACACACCGCACAAGAAACUUGUGGUGCAAAAGUACAACGCAGUCAAAGAUUGUUUUUGCUAUACGAUAAACCAUGCUAGUCCUUAUCGUGUGCGUGAAGUGAUUGAUCAGAAGGCAGUGAAAAUGACGAAGCAGAAUAGGAAGGAUGAUGUGGCUAGGCUAUUUUUAGAAGCAGCACUGAAGGUCAUGGUGGAAGAGGCGAAGGAGAUGGUAGAAACCAAGCGCGAUGAUAUAAAUAGGGACGAGAAGCGGACACUGGACAAGGACAAGGAGAGUCGAAAAACCGCUGGGAUACUUACUAAGACUCCAAAGCCACAGAAUAGAAAUACCAAGAACAAGACGCGAAAGCACAAUCAACGAUCAAAACGAUACGAGUACACGUUGAAAUACCACAAAUGGUUGAAGAUAGCGGAAUUAGUUCUUGUGCCCAGAGUCGAGUCUAUUACAUAUGGACCCGACACAUACGACAAACUCGAGGAAGAGACUGAUAGUAGUAGAACUUUUACUGAUGGCGCUAAUGGUCGAAGUGGUAGUAGUAGAACUUUUACUGAUGGCGCAAAUAGUCGAAGUGAUAGUAGUAGAACUUUUACUGACGGCGCAAAUGGUCGAAGUGGUAAUAGUAGAACUUCUACUGAUGGCGCAAAGGGUCGAAGUGGUAACGAUGACGAGGGAGGUGCAGAAGAGUUUGAUGAUUAG